AUGCUCAUUUUGCUUUUCGUUUGUCUCUGUGUUGAUAGAGGACCUCCCGAUGGCCGAUCCGGCCCAGCCGCUUGGCUCGAUCCGUCGGCGAUGGAUGUCGACAAUUGCUCACUCCUCCACUGGGCCGCCAUCAAUAACAGGAUAAAAGUCGUCGAAAAGUUACUAUCGCUUGGGGUGAAUCCGAAUGUACUCGGACAAAUCGGAUCAGCUGUCUUGCUUGUCAAAGCCGGAGCCGUGUGCAAUAUUCGGGACACACAGGGAUAUUGUCCUCUACAUCUUGCCGUACAAAAUACGCACGUCGCGAUUUCGGCCUAUUUGCUAGCGAAGUUUCCGGAUUGUCGAGAUUUCACGGACAACGCCGGGAUGACCGCACUAAUGUGGGCUGCGUAUCGAUGCUAUCAACUCUUCCCUCUUCGUCUCAUCAUCGAAAGUGGUGCCAACUUGAAUGUGCAAGAAAGUCUACAAGGGAAUACGGCACUCCAUCUAGCCGCACAAGAAAGAAACUUUACGGCAAUCAGGGAAUUACUUGAUGCGGGUGCUGACGCCACGAUAAAAAACAAGCAACACGAGACUCCGAUGGACAUCGCGGCGAACAAUCGACAUCAGAAGAUUCAGAAAAUGUUGAAGAAAGGAUUGCGGAAACAAGGAGUCGAACCGACAACGAUUUGUGAUCGACUCCGCGACAGCCCCAGCAACAUGAAUCGUUUUCACUUUGCGGUCCCAUUCAUUGGUUUUGGCGCGGCGAUUCUCUACUUUCAAUUCAUCCAUUGGGCGGCGGCACUCGGACUAACAGCAAUCACAGCUUUCAUCCUCUACUAUUCGCUGGGUGAAUUCUCGGUUCAACACUCAUAUCUUCCCGUGGGUGUGACGAUAGCGGAACCACUUGCGAUGGUACAUGCAUGGUGUCUGUACGUUUACCCUUUCGUGCCGUGGUAUCUUCAAAUUGCUUUCUUCAUCUCGGUUGCUUCCGUUUUCUACACACUUGCAAGAAUAUCACUUGGUGAUCCGGGUCGAAUAAAGCCUAAUGCAAAUAAAAUGGAUUUCCUCGUUGAACAAAUUGAGAAGGAUGCAUUGACCUACUUCUGCUUUUCGUGUUAUGUGAAUCGACCGAAUCACUCAAAACAUUGCUCCGUUUGCGAUAGCUGCGUUCGAGGAUUUGAUCAUCAUUGCCCGUGGUUAGCACAGUGUGUGACAUUAUCAAACAUGCGGCUUUUCCUUGGAUUUGUGACUUCGGUUCUGGUGUGCUCGAUCAUCUACGGACUUGCCUGCCUACUUUUCAUCGUCGCCGAGUUACGCGAUUCAAGCUUCGAUCUCGUUCUACAGCGCUAUUGUUGGAUCUUUUUGACGGGUAUUUUGGCCGGAUUCCAUAUAUUUUUCAUGGGCACCCUCUUCACGGUUCAAUGCGUUAACUUUAUUGAGGGAGAAACGACGAACAGUCGAAUGAAGAAGGGGAAAGCGUCGGGUGGACAUGGACAUCACGGACACAGCCAUUCGGGGGGCGAGUGUUGCAGAAGAAUCUUCAGGUUGUUCUUGGUGUGUUGCGAAGCGAAAGGCUCCGGAAACAAGCAACGUCCCGAAUCUUCAGCCCUCUUGAACUCGGAAGAUGAUGCGGAGAGCAGCGAAGAACUGAUGGAGAUU